AUGCUUAACUACAAGCCCGUCGCUACGCCUGUUGAUACGAAGGCCAAGCUUUCUGCUAUGGAUGGUUCUCCUGCUUCGGAUGCUGCUUUCUACCGGUCUAUCGUUGGUGCUCUUCAGUACCUCACUUUGACUCGGCCGGAGAUCCACUAUGCCGUGCAGCAGGUGUGUCUUCAUAUGCAUGCUCCUCGAGACGCUCAUUGGGCUGUGGUCAAGCGGAUUGUCCGCUAUGUCUGUGGCACUAUGGAUCUUGGCGUCACGCUUCAUGCCUCCGCCGACACCGCCCUCACCGCCUACUCCGAUGCAGACUGGGCAGGCUGCCCUGACACUCGUCGCUCCACCUUGGGCUAUUGUGUCUACCUUGAACCCUCACUUAUCUCGUGGUCCUCCAAGCGGCAGCCUACGGUCUCUCGUUCAAGUGGUGAGGCUGAGUAUCGCGCGGUGGCCAACGCCGUCGCCGAGUGUUCGUGGCUUCGCCAGCUGCUUCAGGAGCUUUCUUGCCCUGUUGACCGUGCCACGGUGGUCUACUGCGAUAACGUCUCGGCGGUCUACCUCUCCGCUAACCCGAUAUCAUGA